UUAGACAAACAAUGGGACCUUAUUUAUCAACCCCAGAUAAAACUAAGCACAGUGAGGAUGGCUCUGGAGCUAAGCUCAGAUAUGGAGCCACAGGAAUGCAAGGAUGGAGAAACACCAUGGAAGACUCACAUAUAGCCCAUAUCCUUGAUGAAAGUCCUGGAAGCGAGCUUGCUGUCUUCGGAGUUUUUGACGGCCACGGUGGCAACCAAGUCGCCGAAUGGAUACGAGACAACUUUGCUCAGGAGAUGUUUAAGUUCCAAAGCUAUGCUGAUCAAGACUACUCAACGGCUCUGAAGGAAACUUUCAUUAAAAUGGAUGAACUUCUGAAGACACCUAGGGUGAAGAAAGAACUUGAGAAGUACUCUGGAAGCGAUGGCGGAGGCAUGGGUGCCUAUUCUAUGGGCUCAGACCAAGAUAUCGCUAAGACCGUCGGAUGCACAGCAUGUGUCUGAAUCAUUACUAGUAAGGAGGUAAUCUGUGCUAAUGCAGGAGACUCCAGAGCUGUCUUGUGCAAAAAGGGAGUAGCCUACCCUCUAAGUGAAGAUCACAAGCCUGAAAAUCCUGAUGAGAAGGCAAGAAUAGUAAAGGCUGGAGGAUUUGUUGAAGAGAACAGAGUCAAGGGUAUGCUGAAUCUUUCAAGAGCCCUUGGUGAUCUCGAAUAUAAACUCGACCCAGAUCUUGAAGUUGAAGAUCAAAUGAUAUCUUGUGUUCCAGAAAUCAAAAUAGAGAAGAUUGACAAGAACACAGAGUUCCUCAUCAUUGCUUGUGAUGGAAUUUGGGACUGCCUAACUAAUCAGGAAGCUUGUGACUACAUCCAUGAACAAGCAAGUAUCUUGAAGAAGAAGACAGGAAGCAUGUUCAAAUGCUCUUUCCUCAAUGAAAGAAUGUUUGACAAGAUUAUUGCUGAAGAUAUUGCUGCCUCUGGAGGGCUUGGAUGUGAUAAUAUGACUUCUGUUAUUAUCAGCAUCAACGAUAAAAUCUAA